UGUGUUAAAAUUUUAAAAGUUGCAUUUUUGAAAUUUAAUUGUCUCAAAAAUUCAAACGCAACCUUACAAGUUACACCUACAGAUCAAAUAAUGUUGUUAGACCAAUGCCAAUCUGCUGAUCUGAUCUUUGGUCUAAACCCUAUAAAGUCGUUAAUUUGAUGUUCUUCAACAUAUGUGACUUAUACUAGUGUCAAUUAAAGGCAGAAUCGUAAGAUUCUUUUUCAUACAUAAAAUCAAAUAUUUAUUUCAAGAGAAUAUAAUUAAAAUGAGUAAACGAGCCGUGGAAAAUGUAGAAGAUUGUUCUACAAAGCAAGCAGCCAAGCGAAAUAAGCAUUGGUCAUUAGGUUUAGUAGAAUCAAUGAAAGAUCCUGAAGUAAUUUACAAAGAAACAAAAUCAAUAGUUGUUAUAAAAGAUAAGUACCCUAAAGCUAUGAUUCACUAUCUUAUUUUACCACAUGAAGAAAUCAGUAGUAUUUAUAAGUUGAAUAAAACACAUUUAAAUCUUCUCAAUGAAUUUGGUUCCAUGUUUAAUUUAAUAAAAGAAGAACAUGACUCUGAGCUUCGAGCUGGUUUUCAUGCAGUUCCAAGUAUGCAAAGGCUACAUAUGCAUGUAAUUAGUACAGAUAUGAAUUCACCAAGUCUUAAAACUAAAGUACAUUGGAACAGCUUUACUACUAGCUUUUUUAUAUCUUAUGAAGAAUUGAUUAAAAAGCUGACAGAAGAUGGUUAUAUUCAAAAAAUUUCAAAUGACACACAUAAAAUACUGAUGUCGUUGCCACUGAAAUGCAACCAGUGCAGUUUUGAACCAAAAAAUAUGCCACAAUUAAAACAACAUUUACUAAGUCAUAUAAAAUAAUUAGUAACUGACAAAUAAAACUCCAUAGUUAUAUAAAACA